GGGGAGUGGUGGAGGAGAAGGAGGGAGCUGACGAGACUCUGUAUCGUCCGGCGAGAAGAAAAGACCUCCGCUGCUGGCCUCGUGGUGCGCUCCAGUUGGAAUAUCAGGUAAGAUUGGUAUCCCUUCCUCGUUGAAACCAUGAUCUUCAGGAGAUUCCGGUCUCCGAUUUGACUCAAGAGCAUCCCCAUCAAGCUCGGGAAAAGGCACUGCCAUCUUUCCCCUCGCUAUCAGGUCGAAUAGUUAGUGUAAUAGCUCUUCAAUCGAUUGAUCACGAGUUUUGUCGACAAGGUUGUUUGCCUUUCAGCCCCACCCACCUUUACAACGCAUGCGCAGUGGUGCACGUGGGCUGUGAAAAUUGACCUGCGAGGGACUGUGUGUGGUGACCUGGCCAGCGAACAUGUGGCACGUCUCAGAAGACGUGGUGAAUCUCCUGCAGGAGGCACCGGCCACGCUGUGGCUGAUUGUCUCCGUCAUCCUGCUGAGUGCCUCCGUGGGGCCGGCCAAGGUCGGCGCUGUACACGACUUUACGGCCUACAGACUCCAACAUCUGGAUCUGCACGGAGUCAGCUAUGGUUCUCGCAGUGUGGUGGUGAACAUGGAGCCAAGGGGGCCACGGCGGGCUCGCUGGGCCGCAAGUGUGUGGUGGUGCGGUGGGCAGACAUGCAGAUGGAGGUCCUCCGUGACCUCGUAGACAGAGGAGCCGGAUCUCUCCUCCUCCUCCUUCCUCAGAACUUCUCCGACAUCCACGGAGAACUGGCACAGCAGUGGAGGGAGUUAGAAAGGAGUAUUCUGUCCCAGAAGAUCCCCAUCCCAGUCUACCUGUCACUGGAGGAAGAGACACUGGGAGUCAUCCAUGACUCUCUGGCCAGUUCUGCCGCCAGAGAGAAACACUCCACAGUCACUGCCAGUCUGUGGCACAUACUGACUGGCUAUGGUUACCAGAUGAUAUCAGAAGACCAGAAAGAGGCGGAGGUGGUCAAAGACAGCCACGUCGUCACUCUAGUGGGUAAGCUGGCAGGAGGCCUGGGGGUUCAGCAGAGGCUGCCGACAGUGAUGGUGGUGGCUCACUACGAUGCCUUCGGGGCUGCCCCUUCUCUCUCCUCUGGAGUGGACUCCAACGCCAGUGGAGUUGCCGCACUCCUGGGUCUGGCCAGACUCUUCUCUCGACUAUACAGAGACGUGAAGCAGAAGCCAAGGUCCAAUCUCCUGUUCGUCCUCAGUGGAGGAGGAAAACUCAACUACUUUGGUACCAAGAGUCUUCUUGAAGAGGAUAAUGAUGACUUGGAUUCUCUGAUCCAUUCUUCUGACUACAUCAUCUGUCUGGACUCCCUGGCCGCCACUGCUGCUUCCCAGUCAUGUGACCAGUCACAUGAUGAGUCACAUGACCAGUCACAUGAUCCUCCCCACUCCCUGACAGUCCAUGUGUCCAAACCACCAAAGGAAGGCUCCAAGGCAGCAGUCAUGUUGGACCUCCUCAACAGGUCAUUCAGUCAGCUGUCCUCUGGUCCGCUGAGAAUGGUGCACAAGAAGAUACGACUGAGCGACGACCUGUUGUCAUGGGAACACGAAAGGUUCUCUCUGAAGAGACUCCCGGCUGCCACCAUAUCCGCCCUCUGUCACCAUGGCGACCCUCGUAGACAAUCUAUGUUUGUUAACAGUGAAUAAAUUAAUUUUGGGGGGGUUGCGAGAAGAAAGCGUAGGCAAAUGUAUGGUUUAUUGUGUGUACAUUUCAAAUCCUACCGUUUGUUUUCUGUCCGUCCCAUUUCCCGAUGGGACAGGUCCCACAUUGAUGUGGAGGGUCUGACACAGAACGUGGCGGCCCUGGCAGACGGUCUGGCCCGCUAUCUCUACAACCUCUCCUCCUUACUCGGGACAGAGGGAGAGAGAGAGGGAGGAGAGAGGAUGGCUACCCUCCCCACUGUUAGCUCAGAGUAUGUCUCUGCAUGGUUGGACUACCUGGCAAGUCACUCACGGUCGCCUCAGCUACUCACCGAGGACCACCCUCUCGUUACUGGACUCUACCAGGCCAUGUCUCAGUCGCUACAAGACGUCACUAAACUCGUCCAGCGACCAGAGAAAAGUGAUCCUGAGUUCGUUCUCUACCACAUUCCUCAGACCACCCUACACGCUCACAAAGUCAAGUCUCCAAUAUUUGAUCUGUUUGUGGCAGUGGGUGUGGCUCUGUAUCUGUGCCUCUGGUACAGUCUCAUUGAGUUCUUCCCCUGGUCUGCCGUGGGGUUCAUUCCACUUCCAUUGAAAGUCAAGAGCAGCAAGUCCUGACCAGACACUUCCUUAGAGAAAACAUUAUCAUUGGUACUAUAUCAUUAUAGUGUGUGUGUGUCUAAAAUGUUAGUUUCUGCUUGUGCGUUGGCAAAAAAAGUUGGAGAAAGUAAUGUCUGAAUGGUUCUGGUGAAGGUAUCUAUCUGCUCAUCACGUCAGACCCACUGCCAAGGUGCCUCACACAGUC